AUGAUUUUAACACCGACAACUUUACGCAAUUUGGAAAAUGUUAAAGUUGGCCUGCAAUCGUCAAAGGCUGUACUUAUCCAAGGUGAAAUUGGUUGCGGCAAGAGUAUCAUAGUUCAUUUUUUAGCUGAGCAACUAGGCAAGAAAGAAUCUAUGAUACAAAUAAAUGUGGAUGACACAUUUGAUAAUAAGGACCUUUUAGGGAAGUUUUCUGCCACCGAUACACCUGGAACAUUUGAAUGGGUACCAGGACCUCUUACUGUUGCCGUACAAAAGGGCUACUGGAUUUUAAUGGAGGACAUUGAUUUAGCAUCGUUCGAUGUGUUUUCCGUCAUUCUGUCACUUUUAGAAAACUCGACGUUAUUCUUAGCAGACAAGAAUGUAACUAUCCAAGCACAUCCUGACUUUAAAUUAAUAGCUACGCAGCAGCUCUACGCCUCUGGAACUUCACUUUUAUCAUGCCGGACUAAUACUGUUCCAUUUAUGGAACUUUGGGGAGCAGUUAUAAUGGAGCGAGUACCACCUGAUGAAAUUCUCACUAUCAUUCAGUCCCUGUAUAGUGAUGUCCCCAGAAGUACCGUGGAAAACUUGGCAUCUCUAGUAUUCGAUAAAAACAGAGGCCCUUUGUUGAUGCUCAGAGAUCUUUUAAAAUGGAGCUUGAGGGUUGAUAAGAGGUUUAAGCAAAUUGAUGAAACUCAUAAGGGGAAGAACAGUAAUAAUAAUGAUAAUACAGGAUUUAUUCCUUCAACUCUACGUGAAGGAAUGCUAAAGGAAGCAUUUGAUUGCUUUUUAGCGAAGUACCCUCCCGGGAAGUCAAGAGAUCUUAUGCUCGCUAUGGUAGCCACUGCAUGUGGUGUUCCGGAAAAUGUAGCAAAUCCGAUAGUAUUUGCUAGCAAACCUAUUGAAAAGACAUCAGACGGGAUUUAUUCAAUUGGACGUGUGACACUUCCUUGUAAUUCUUUUGCUAAGGAAGCUUCGGAUGAACGGAUUAUUUUUGCCCCCACAAUGCAUUCUAUGUGCUUGUUGGAAAGACUUGCUGCUUGCGUGCAAUGCCGUGAAAACGUUUUGUUGAGUGGUGAAACAGGUGUCGGUAAGACAUUUAUUGUACAAUACCUUGCGGGACAGCUUGGCCAAAAAUUAAUUGUGCACAAUCUCAAUCAGCAGACUGACACAUGUGAUUUUAUGGGCGGGUGGAAGCCUUUGGACGUUGGCCUACCGAUACGUGAAGCAUACUUGAACUUUGUGGACCUGUUCUCAAAAUCUUUUAACCUUGAGAAAAAUAUUGCCUUUUUAAACACACUUCAGCAAGUUGUGAACUCACGUAAGUGGGAUCGUGCUCUUCGCCAAAUGCUCAAAGGAUGUGAAACAUUUUUGAUUAAAAAUGAGCGGAGCCCGUUUUCAUUAGAAAUUCAAAAUCAAUGGAAGGCACUUCAGAAUCAAACAGAGGAAUUAUUAAAUACAGUUGAAAAAACACGAACAACAUUCUCUUUUUAUUAUGAAGAGGGAUCCCUUGUUAAAUCCUGGAGAGAAGGGCACUGGAUUCUUCUAGACGAGUUGAACCUAGCCUCUACGGAGGUGCUAGAACGUGUUUCAUCUGUUUUAGGAGAUGUCGAUCGACUAUUUUUAACAGAUAAGGAAAAUAUCGAGCCCAUCUUGAGACAUCCCAAUUUCCGUGUUUUUGCUAACAUGAACCCCCCUACAGACGUCGGUAAAAAGGAUUUGCCACCUUCCUUGCGGUCGCGUUUUACAGAAUUUUAUGUGAGUGAACCUUUUAAUCCAACGGACAUUAAUGUUAUUGUCCAAGAGUACAUUGGUUUUCUCGCUCCAGACACACCGAAGGACUGUAUUACUAAUUUUUUCCUUGAUUGUGUGCUGAAUGCUAAAUCCCAGCUCUGCUCCUUAGAUGGGGAGUCGAAACCACCAUCGUUUAGCCUGCGUACCCUCACUCGAGCUCUUUCAUACGUUAGAAAGGCUGCCCCUUUGUAUGGAUACACGGUGGCAUUAUAUGAUGGUCUGAUGCUUGGGUUUGCAACGCCGCUACAACGUCAGUUUCAUGCGGUAGUGGAGAGCCUUAUCGUGAAAAAUAUUUUUCAUGGUAAAAAACCUGCUUGCCCACGAUUACCACCGCCUCCACAAAGCGGCCGUCACGUGCAAUACGAGCACAUAUGGAUCCCAGCUGGAGAUCAGGAAUGUGUUAAGGAUCCUUCCUUCAUCUUGACAGAUAGUGUAAAAGGGCAUUUAACUAAUCUUGCACGAGCGGCUUUUGCUAACCGUCCUGUUCUGUUGGAAGGCCCGACAUCGUCUGGCAAGAGUUCUAUGGUCAAAUACUUGGCCGAGUUAACUGGAAACAAAUUUGUCCGUAUCAAUAACCAUGAAAGUACCGAAGUACAGGAAUACCUUGGGCAUUAUGUGACCGAUGAAUUUGGGAAGCUACGGUUCGUCGAUGGAAUUUUGGUUACCGCUGUUAGGCGUGGCUACUGGGUUGUGUUGGACGAGCUUAACUUAGCACCGACAGACGUACUGGAAGCUUUAAACCGCCUUCUGGAUGACAAUUGUGAGCUGUUUAUACCAGACACUCAAGAGGUCAUCAAACCACAUCCCCAGCUUCGCAUUUUUGCUACACAGAACCCGGCAGGUGUAUAUGGUGGGCGAAAGCUCCUUUCGCGUGCCUUCCGCAAUCGCUUUUUAGAAAUAACCGUUGACGAAAUUCCAAACAAAGAAGUUAAAUUAAUUCUGCAGAAACGGUAUACAUUACCGGCAAGUUUUGCUGAAAAAAUGGUUGAAAUCAUGACCAAUUUACAGACACGGCGCCAAAAUUCCCAAAUUUUCGCCGGACGGCAUGGCUUUAUCACUCCACGUGACUUAUUUUGCUGGGCUGAGCGCAAACCGAGCACCUUUCAAGAACUUUCCGAACAUGGCUUUCUCUUACUUGGUGAACGAUGUCGUAAACCAGAAGAGAGACAAAUUGUACGAGAUGUCAUUGAGUCGGUAACACGAACUGUGAUUGAUGACGAUCUGAUUUACUCACCUUCCCAUUGGCCAUUUGUUCAAGAGUACUUCAAGAAGGUGGAGGGGGGUGCUGUUGAUGAGUACAAAAUUGUGUGGACGCCCUCAAUGCAGCGUCUAUUUACAAUUGUUGGGCUGUGCCUUGAGCACAAAGAGCCUGCUCUUCUAGUAGGUGAGACUGGAAGCAGCAAAACUACAAUUUGUCAGCUCUGGGCGGCUUUACUCGGCCUUCCGUUGCAUAUCCUGAAUUGCCAUCAGCAUACGGAAGCAGCGGACUUUCUCGGGUGUCUCUGUCCGGUCUCUCCAGACCGUCGUGAUGGUGCUUUGUUUGAAUGGCACGACGGACCACUGGUGCAGAGUAUGAUUAAUGGUGACUUUUUCGUUCUCGACGAAAUUUCUCUCGCGGAAGAUAGCGUUCUGGAGGGACUGAACAGCUUACUAGAGCCCUCACGCAGCAUAACCCUCACGGAAAAGAGCUCAGCAGACCACAUUGUUGCUCAUGAGAAGUUUCGGAUUAUGGCAACGAUGAAUCCGGGUGGAGACUUUGGCAAAAAAGAACUUUCACCAGCCUUGCGCAACCGCUUUACAGAAAUCUAUGUUCGACCCACUACAAGUAAAGAUGAGGUUUCACUUAUCCUUUCCAAACGUUUGGAACCUGGGGUCGAAAUGUGGGCCGAUAAAAUUGCCGAUAUGCUUUGUAGUUUCUCUGACUUGGUUUGCCAAUCUAAAGCUCAAACACACAUCAGCAUUCGUGAUGUUAUUAGCUGGGUUUCUUUUAUGAACGCUGCGCAUAACAGGUGUCCACCUACCCUGGCAUUUUUGCAAGGGUUUGAUGCGGUCAUUUUAGAUGGUAUUGGCGUCGGAGUUGGGCUAUCAGGGGCUCCUGUAGAGAUGCUCAAGCGGAUAUGCCUUGAAAAAGCACAAAAACUCUGCGGGAUAGACCCGAAAAGUGAUGCGACACUCAGCCAGCCAUUUUGGACGUUUUUCGAGUCCAUGCCAGAACCACAGCUUCCACCCGAUAUGCAGAAGCGCUUCUUCUUUGGGGCCUCUACAACGCAGAGGAAUCUUUCUAAACUGAUGCGUGCAAGUAUUCUCAAGAAGGCUGUGCUUUUGGAAGGUAGCCCUGGUGUGGGCAAGACCAGCAUCGUGGAGGCUCUAGGCUGCGCGUUAGGGGGGCAUGUGGUGCGUAUCAAUCUCAGUGAACAAACCGACAUAAUGGAUUUGCUGGGGUCAUUUCUACCAUGCCCAAACAACCAAUCUGAGGAACUAGAGGAUUCACAGUCUUGUGAUCCCAUGUCGCAGGCAUGCCCGCAGUUCGCUUGGUCUGAUGGAAUUCUUUUGCGCGCUUUAAAAGAGGGUGCAUGGGUAAUUCUGGAUGAACUGAACUUGGCCAGCCAAUCCGUCUUAGAAGGUUUAAAUGCCCUUCUUGAUCACCGUUCCACCGUUUUCAUACCUGAAUUAAAUGAAGAGUUUCGUGCACAUGAAAACUUCCGUGUGUUUGCAUGCCAAAACCCUCUCAUAGAGGGUGGUGGUCGAAAGGGUCUGCCUCGCAGUUUUUUGAAUCGCUUUGUACGCGUCCGCGUGGAUGCAUUUCAAACGGAAGACUUGAUUGCCAUUACCAAAACUAUUUGCCCAAGUGUAAAUGAGGAAAUUUUAAAAAGAAUCGUGGCUUUUGUGGAGGCAUUGCAGCGGGAAACAAUGGAAAGACGAAGCUUCGCGAUCCGGGGAAGUCCAUGGGAGUUUAAUCUACGCGAUGUGCUGCGGUGGGUAAAUUUAAUGCAAGCAUACGACUUGCGCGACAAGCCAACCUACUUUGCAGAUAUGCUGUUCCUGCAGCGCAUGCGUACGCACGAGGAUGAAAAACGAUGUCUGCAACUACUAGCAGAGUAUUUCCCUACUACCGAUGAUAUCCUCCCCUCAAGUGAUUCCGACUUUUUAAUUCAUGGGGAUUCUAUCUGCUUCGAAAAGCAUCGUCUCGCAGGGCGCUUGGCAUCAGAUGCCAACGAUGUUGCUUCUACAUCGUGCGAUAAAGUCCCCACAAUCAUGCUACUGCCCUCGCAAACUCGCGUUGUAAAAUCUUUGCUCAUUUGUGCAGAACAAGUCCAGUUCGUGCUUCUUGUUGGACCUUCUGGUGCAGGGAAAACGUUUGCCCUCAAAACUGCUGCAUCCUUAGUAGGCGCUAAGCUUGUAACGUUUUCCAUGACUGCUAGCUGCGACACCGUUGAUUUGCUUGGAGGCUUUGAUCAAGUGGAGGGCCAACAAGGUCAAUUCGAGUGGCGUGAUUCCCUGCUACUCGAGGCAAUGGUGAUGGGUUAUUGGCUAGUUCUGGAUAACGUCAAUUACUGCAAUGCGAGCGUUCUGGAUCGUCUAAAUCCGUUAGUGGAGCCAAAUGGCUCGCUUUCCGUCAGUGAGCAAGGUCUCGUGAACGGCCAGAUACGUGUGAUACGACCGCAUCCGAAUUUCCGCCUCUUCGCCACACUCAACCCAAAGUACGGUGAUAUAUCAAGGGCUAUGCGUAAUCGAGCUGUGGAGCUCUUCAUGCCGCCUGCACCGAUUCCCUCACCUGAAGCCGCGAUGCUGGAGGUUGCCACGCAUCCGGAGGUGAACAUUGAUGUUGCCAGAGAGGAUGAAUGGCUGAGCAAAAUUAUGAGGUUCCACAGCGUGUUUCUUAAGGCUGCCUUUGGCGUGGACUCCACUAAACCGGCAUCGGGCGCAUUAAGUGAUGCACUGGCUGCGGGUGCACCUAAUAUUUACACCCUACAGCGUUCUUGUGCGAUUCUCCGAGCUAACCUCGGCGAUGCGGCGAGCGACGACCUGAAGGAGGUAGAAAAAUGCAUUUUGCACCGCUACAUCAACAACCGCAGUGGUCCAUGGAUGUACAAAAAAGAAGAGCUGGUUGACAGCCUUCAAGAAAUUCUCAACUUGACGUUUUCUCCGCAAAACACGCACGUUGCGGCGAGAGAUUUGGUUGCCGCUUCACAACUUAAUUAUUCAGGUGUAGACACUUCGGAGGUCCUUGAAAGACAACGUGUGGCACGUCAAGCCCUUGCACUCCGCAAGCUCUCUACAGGUCCCAUUCAGUUGGGUGACGAUGGAACUCUUGUUGAUGUCGUCGAUGUUGUAUUUCAUUUUGUUUUAGAGCAAUCAAACGACAGUGUGGUGCUGCCUGGACUCUCGUUCAAACGCCGAAAAGUGUUGCGUGACCUAUUUCCGAGUAAGGAGUUCACCGAAUUAGAUGAUCUCUUGUGUGAAACAUACUGUGGAUCUGGUAUGUUAGAUAGUCUUUACUGUCAGGCUGCGUUUCGUAUUGGCCCGCGCUCUUCACUGCUAUCGAGCAUCAACCCCAAAGUGCUUGCUAACCAUCCUGAGAAGGUCGUCCUGACCGGAUCAGCCUCGGUGAACCAAAGUCUCACACACGUUCUUCACGCUGUUCAAAAACACCUCGUGAUUCUCACAUCGCCUUUGGAAUUCCAAAACAUUUCAUCUGUGUUGAUCCCAUUUUUGGAGCAUCUAAGCCGUCUGGAUUCGUUAUCGUUGGAUAAUUAUGUUUCUGUCACCACCCAAGCCCUUCUGCUCCGUAGUGUAUCUAUGGAACUUUGCUCGCACCCAUCCGAUGGUUUCUCGGAGAUUUCACAAGCCUUGGCAGACUUCAUCGAUUCCAUUCGAAGCUAUCUGGAUUUGCCAUUUUCUUUGAUCGGAGGGUUGAGCGUGAUGGAAGGAUUUGUACCACACCCGCAUAUUACUACCAAGGAAGAGCGGAGCUUGCUUUCCCGAUGGCAGAAUCGAAUUGAAACCGAAAAAGAGCAGGCUGCUGACAAAUCAAGAACCCAAUCGCGGCAAAUAUUGCAGCAGCUUUGGGAAGUCGCCGCAUAUAGAGCGGAACAUGAAACCAUACAGCUUUUGCUGAGCUUGCUUGCAAUGGGGUCUUCCGCACAUCCCGGAUGGAAUUCCCAUCUGCGCAGCCUUUGCCGCUCCAUUUCCAUCCUGCAAGAUCAAUACAUGAAUAAACUUUUAUUAUUUAGCGAGUUGGAGAUGGCCUUGUGGCGAAGCUUGCUCAUGGUGAGCGCGCAGGAGGCUGAGGAGGCUAUUCAGCAGUGUGCGCCCUUGCUGAUAUGCCGUUUCAUCACGCGCUAUGGCCUCAACGCCGUCGCGCAUUUGUUUCCCGGCUCGUGGGUGAACACCGCCACGCGAUGUCUGAAAUACGCCUCAAAAGUAUCCGUACUGGCGAUUGGGCAGAGCUCGAAUGAUUACACGCACUCGCUUUCCGGAUUAGUUGGCUUCCUGAGUGCCUGCCCGGUUGCUCCUCCUCGACUCUUUUCGGUGUGGAAGCGGAAUGCUCAGCGGGAGCUUCCCACAUUGGUUCGGGCUUGCUUCUCGGAAGAGACGGUUUUGGGCAAUUGCGUCCUGCCGUUAGAUGCUCCCGAGUCUCGGCUGGUGGCGCUUUUAGAACCAGUUCGGAGCUUAUUACUUUCUUCAUCGGGUACGUUAUCAAAUAAUGCCGUCAAAUCUCAGAAGGGUCUUUUUCUUAAAUUGCUGGCUUGUUUGUGCGCAGAACACGAGGACGCUAAGAACCCUCGUCAAGCCCUAACAUUUACAGCGCUGUUAUACAUUCUUAAGUGUCGUCUGUUGCUUCCUCAAAGCCCUAUUGAUCCUAUGUAUCGUCAUCAAUGUGAGAUGGAAUCCGCGAGGGAGGAGGUGCUCGUUCUCAAACGCCUUGAGGGGGUAUUCAAAUGGGCUGAGCAGGUUGCCCUGCGUGGCGGUGGCUCUCCACAAUUGCACUUGUUAACAUCCCUGCGCUCUCAGCAGCAGGAGCGUCUUCAAAAGGCCUCCGAGAAGUUCGUCGAACGCUCCGAUCAGACUGGCAUGCAGUACGCAACGCUCGUUCGACAGUUGUACCAGCUUACCAGCACCCUUCUCUCGGAUGAUCAUCUUGACGCCAUCUUUUCAGAUACCAAUUUUUCCGAGACUAUGCAGGUGGAUGCUCGAAUCAGCUGGAGUGAACUCUUGUUCCAAGGCGUAACGGAAUUGCUCACCAAGUACAGCGGUUACGAGGACGUCACCCUUAAUUUCGCACAGGCAGCCCUAUUGGCGUCCAUAGCCGCUAGGGCGAGCUGCUACGCUAGAAGCAGCGAAUCGCUUGCCGUUAAUACAUCAGCAAGCGGUCGGCCAAGCCUUCUCGGGGUUGAGGAAACCAUUCAGCUUCUGCAGUUUCCGCUAAACUUGUGGUCCCUUCCUCUCCCAUCUGUGAAACUUGUGUGCAAUGGAAGUGGUGCUGACUUGCGGAGCGUGCUGGAAUACCUGGAUGGCUCUCUUAAGAUGCUCCAGGGCUUUACUCCGCACGCCGUAGACUGGGGUUUUGUUGAAGGUCUUUUUCUAAUUUAUCGUGAGCUCUACCGCGCGGUUGAGAUUCAGGAACGGGAAGAACAGCACGCCGAUGAGAUGUCCGUCCUUUACAAGGAAAGAUCUCUAGUUAUUGAAGGAGAUGACGAAAAGCUACUGCGUCGAUUAAAAGACUUGCUUCCGAAUUACGAGCAAGAGUUCACCAACUUGGAUAAUGAUACAGGUGACCUUCCAAUGGACCGGGAUAUUCUCGCGGAUCGCGAGGAACGUGCCGCAACGACUAAUGGACGGGCUGCCAGGCACACUCGGAUAAUGUUCGAGGAGCGCGACGGGGCCUAUCUGCGUCGAUUAAUCCACACCUAUGGGGAAUUUUUCGAGAGACUUGUGGGGUGCCGCAUGGAGCCUUGUUCGGCCCGCGCGGAGCUUUUGCUGGAGUCGUUUAAAACUCGAUUUGAUGUGUUAUCCGGCGAGCUCGCUCGGUUUGGUCUCGACUCCACCGCAUCCUUCAUCGGGGAAGGGGAGGAGGGGUUGAUUUUGAACGGCUUUGCCUUCCGUGCGGAGCUUCUGCGGGUGGAUCUCAGCCGUGGGGCGACCGCCCUCGCGGCGGAGCGGCUCUCCUUGGAGGAGCGUCGUACAACGGGCUUCAACCUCUUCACCGAUGCCGAUCCCGGCGAGGUGAGUUGUUUUAGUAAACCUUUGGAGCGGCUUUUGUCGGCCGUGGAGGGGUUGGCGGCGAUCUACCCGGAUACCGUAUCGCUUCAGCGUUGCCAACGCCUCGGCCGCAAGAUUGGCGCGCUUCCCGCGCUCACCACGCCGCUCAUGCGGAUCCUCGCCGGCUGCGAGGUGCUCCUCGCGGAGUGCUACGAAUGGGAGCGAAACGCCGCGAAGGAGGUGUCGAUUAUGCCGCACAUCACCGAACUCUCCGCGUUUGUCUUACGUUGGCGUCGGAUGGAGCUGCACUGCUGGGCGCAUGUGUUUAAGGCGAAACGGGAUGAGUUUGAGAUGCGGGCCUCCAAAAAAUGGUUUCAUCUCUACGAUUUCAUCCGUGGCGCCGACGAGAGGCUUUCCGCGAUGAAGGCGACCCCCUUCCAUUCAUCAGAUGGGGAUGCCCACACGCAGUGGUUGUGUGAGCAGUGCAAUCAUCUCUUUGAGAGUCUGACCGCCUAUCUAUGGGAGGCCUGCUAUGGAGAUUUUGACAUGCGUCUACAGAUAGUUCGGAGCGUCGGACUCGAGCUUUUGGCUACGCAUGGCGCUCGAUCCCCUCUUGCCAACGUCGCCCUCCACGUUUCGGACUUCUUCGCGCAGUUUUCAGGGUUUAUACAGGAAAAAUCAUCUCAAGCGACGCGGCCGAUCGAGGAGGAGAUGAACGAGUUCACCAAAAUCAUGCGAUGGGAGGACGCCAACUAUUACGCCGUCCGCGCGACCAGUGAGAAGGUUCACUUGAAGGUAGCGCGCGCGCUGAGCAGCUUUGAGGAUGUGCUUCGAACACCCGUUCGUGUUGUUAUUGCCGAAGAAGAGCAAAGAAUUCAGGACGAUCCAUGCAUGGGAAUCCCUCUUCUAGGAUCCGUUGCACACGACGGGAAUUUAGCAACCCCAAAAGACAUCAAUGGAAAGGGGAGUAGGAAAAAUCCGAAACUUUCUGACAAUCAAAGUCACAACGUCGAUAAAAAGGCAGGCGAGGCAAAGAAUAUGAAACGACAACGAGCGAGCAAAACAACCUCGGCGUCUAAAGUAAAGGAGCCCAUCGUGGCAGCGAAUCCCUUUGAGGGAUGGCCAUUUCGCGUGAUCAUGGACGCCUAUGAGUUCUUUUCAGAGUCUACUACGGAGCUCUUACAGCGCGUGAAGGCCCUGCAAGCUCCCAAAACACCCUAUCAGAUGAAAAUUCGUGCACUCAAGACCCUUUUUGGGGUUCUGGAUGAGUUCGGGGUUCCCCACAGGCAUGAAAUCCGAAUGGGUUCGUGGGAUGUGGUGUUCAGCACCACCACCGCGAUGUUGAGCUCCCGCUCAGUCCAUAACGACCAGCUUACCGUUGUUGCCGAAUUUGAAAAAUCGGAGAAGGAGUACUACAAGUUUGUUCGUUGGCUGCAGCUGAUGCGAGAGGCAGGCCGUGGAAAGACGCAUGCGGAUCUCUCCGAGGCGCAGGUAAGGCGGGGAACCGGGAUCUCGGAAUCCCUUUUCACGCAUGCCGUGGGGCUCACGGAGUUGAUGUCUGGGUUGAGCGAUUUAACGCGCCUUUUACACACCCUGGAGGUGUUCGUGCGGUCGUGCGGGGGGGAAAGGGCAGGAAACGUGGGAGCCUCUCCACCCGUCGAGGCGGUCUUGGUGAAGGAUGUGGCGGUGUUGGAUGCCGCGAUGAAGCUGUGUGGCGCGACGCAGGCUUUCCACGGGAGUCUGGAAUGGAUGCUUUCGCAUACGGAUUUGCGCGCGUCCGAGGAGUUCGACCUCCGCGCGUCGGUGGUGGAGCUUGGAAACGAGGCGGGGCAACUCUGGCAGCUCUGCAGGACGCACGAGCCGCUCCGCCGCGGCCAGGCCCCCAUCCCGGCAACCCUCACGCAUCAAUUCAUCGCUGCCGCUCGUCGGCUCCGCGAGGUCUGCGACCGUCUAAGGGAUCCCUCACGGCCCCCAAAACCCUCCAUGGAGGGAACCCCUCCUGGUGGAACCCACAUCCCCACCGCCGCGGCGGCGCAUGGCGCGAAAAUCGCGGAUUUCCUCGCGCGAUUCGACCCCCCCGCGGCGGAUCCUCGCGACCCCGUGGACGCCAAACGACCGCGCACGGAAGCCGCCGAGGGGAAGGGGUGGGGGGUUCAACUCCACGACCUCCUCGAAACCCUCUCGGCGGCCUUCACGGACGCGCCCGUGGCGACUUCGGAUCCCAACCCCGCCGCCGCUUCCCCUUCCUCGUCCUCCAUCGUGGGGUAUAAAGGGUAUCAAGCGAGGCUGGAAGGUCUCGGGCACUCCACGCGGGUUGCCAUUGCCGGGCUCGAUGCCCUUCUCCAUCCCGGGAGUGGGGUUUGCAACGGGACGAACGCCCUCGGCGGGUUCCGUUCCCAGCUCGACGACGGGAACCCAAAUGAACUCCUACGCGACCUAUCGCGCGUCCGCGGGCUCCUACAAAGGGCUCAGAAGGCUCUUCACGAAACCUUCAACGCCCAUGUCGGUUUUGGGGUUGCCUUGACGCGUCUUUUCACGAUUUUGAUGAAAAAAGGAUUCUGCAAAACGGAGGACGACGAAGACGAGGGCGACGGCGACGGCGACGGCGGCGCGCCACGCGACGGCACCGGGAUGGACGACGGCGAGGGUGAAAAAGACGUAACGAAUGAAAUGGAAAACGAAGAUCAGCUGAUGAACAUGAAAGACAAGGAGGAGCAACCACGCGAGGAGCAGGAAAAGGAGAAUGGCGAGGACGACGAAGACCACGCGGCCGACGUCGAGACCGAUUUCCAGGCGCAGAAGCAAAACCGCGAGGAAAGCGACGCCGACGGGGAGGAAAGCGACGACGACGAGGCGGGCAGCAACCAGGAGAUGGGCAGCGUCGACGGCGAGGACGAGCGAGAUCGGAAGAAAACCCGAAAAGAUAACGACGACGACGACGAUAUGCGCGAGGACGAACACGACGGCACCGCAUCCGAGGUGCCGGAGGAUCAGUUAAUGCAAGAAGAAGGGAUCGAAGGGGAGGAGGACGAGACCGGAGGUUUUGAGGAUAAACAGAAAGAGAUCCGCGACGCGGAAGAGAAGCGGGAAGGCGAGCAUGAGCUGGUCGGGGAAGACGACCAGCACGGCGCGUUAUCCGACGAUCUCGACGACGAUAGCAGCAGCGGGAGGUCGCGAUCGGACGAAAGCGGCGAUGAAGCGUCAAACGCCGGGGAGGACGAGAAGGCUUCUGAUGAUGAAACGGAUUCCAAGCAAGAAUCCGAGGACGGGGAAGGGGGAUCGGAAGGUCGUGAGGAUAUGGAGGCCACCACGGAUAGUGAUCAGGAAAACCAAGAGGAUGCCGACAAGCAACAAGAGGUGGAUGUCGACCGCGAGGACCUCUCCGGCGAGGAUGUUGAGGAUCUCGACAGUGCGGAGGACGACGGCAAAGACGAAAACGUCUUCGAGGGCGGCUUCCAGGACGACGAACACGGCGAGGAGGCCACGAAACGGAAGGAACGCGAAUCCGAUGCCGCGCGGCAGCAGCCCGAGGCGACCGGGAAUGAGGAGGAUCAGCCGAAUCAGCAACAGGAGCAGGAUGAUGCGGGGCGGAACUGGAAGAAACAACAGGAGCAAAACCAGCAAAUGCAACGCAAGGAUGACAGCGAGAGAAAACGCGCGAACCACAACCCUUAUCACGCCAUCAAAGAGGCUCUUCAACGCCACGAUCGUCAAACCCAGCAACUCGACCUCAACCAACGCGUGCAUGUCCAAAAAGAGGAUCCGAGCAAAAACGCGAAGGAGGACCGCGCGAAUCCCGACGUGGAGAAGCCCGUGGAGGAACGCCCAGACGCCUUUGAGUUCGACGAGGAAGGCGAGCAGGAAGGGGUGGCCGCCACGGACGAGCAGCCGAACCCCUCGAAGGCCGACGAGGCCGAGCAAAACCUCGGCGAUGCAGGCGAAACCCCCCUUAGCGAGGAUGAAACCACGAAAGCGGAGGAGGACGAAGCAGAUCGCGCGGCGGUUCCGGAGGAUGUUUCGCGGCGACGACGCACCCAGGCCGAGGAGAUCACCCAAGAAGAGGAGGAAGGGGGGGAUCCAGGGGAGGAGACGAAAAAGAAGCGAAAGAGCAGGCAGACGGUGCGUCUCCUCGCCCGCUCCGAUCCCGACGAGGAGGAGGAAGAAGACGCGGAAGCGGCGGAAUCGGCCGCCGAGGAGGAUUCCCACGCCGUUGACGAGAAACUCGAGCGCGGGCGACGCCUCUGGCAGGAGCAAGAAGCCGCCGUCGAGGGCCUCUCGCAGCAGCUGUGUGAGCAGCUCCGCCUCGUCCUCGCCCCCACCCGCGCCGACAAACUUCAAGGGGAUUAUAAAACCGGCAAACGACUGAACAUGAAGCGGAUCAUUCCUUAUAUCGCCUCACAAUUCAAAAAAGAUCGCAUCUGGCUUCGUCGGACGAAACCGAGCAAACGAACGUAUCAGGUGAUGGUCGCCUUGGAUGAUUCGCUGAGUAUGCAGUGCAACCGCGCCGGGGUGAUCUCCUUCCGCGCCGUUGCCCUCCUCGCGAAGGCGUUGCAGCAGCUGGAGGUGGGGGAGAUCGGGAUCGCGGGAUUUGGGAAGGAAACGAGGAUUAUCCAUCCCAUGGAGGAGGCCUUCGUCGGGGAUAGCGGGGCGCGCUCCUUUAGCGAGAUCACCUUCACCCAAACAAGCACCAACCUCCGACGCUUUUUGGAAACAACCUUGGAUUACCUCGACGCCGCGCGCGAACGCGCGGAGGCGCAAACCCGCUCCACCACACAGCAGCUUCAGCAGAUUCUUUUCAUUAUCAGCGACGGGCAAAUCACCGAGGAUCGCGCGGAGCUCCGCAAACUCCUCGUGCGGGCGGAGGAAAACCACCAGAUGGUCGUCUUCGCCCUCCUCGACCUCAAACUGGACGGGGCGAAAGGGCAGGAAGGGGAGGCGGAGGCGGCCGCCACGGCGAAACCACUGCAGCCGGCCGACGUGAAAGGCCUCUCCACCGCGGAGCGGUUGCGUCGGCUGAAGGCCGAUCGCGAGGCCCGUCUGAAACGCGUGCAAUCCAACUCGAUCUUGGAUAUGCAGAUUGUGGAGUUCAAGCAGGGGAAGGUGAUUCGUCGGUUGUACAUGGAGGACUUCCCUUUCCCGUACUACCUCAUCGUGCGGGAGCUCGAGAGCCUGCCUGAGGUUAUCGCAGAUGCCAUGCGGCAGUGGUUUGAACUGUUAAACGCUAAAUAA